AUGAAGAAAAAAAUACAACUUACAUUAAAUGAAUUACGACAUGCUUCAAUCAAUUCACCUGAUACUUAUCCAACUGAUGAUGAUGAUCCUAUUGACGGGAUAAGGUAUCAAGAUGGUGGUACCUCUACAAAAAAGAAGAAACCAUCACUUCCUCUAUCAUUAUCUUCAAUUCAUGUUCCAGUCAAUCAUGUCCCUACUACAAUUUUAGUUGAUACUAGUGCUGCAAUUUCUUUUAUUCAUGAUAAAACAUUAUCCAAUAUGCAACACCAACCCAUCAUGCCCUGCUCAUUAAAAGAAGUUCAUACUGUCAAUAGUGGCUUUAUAUCUCUCCUUGGCAUAGUCAAACUUACUGUUCAAAUUCAUCAUCUUGAUACACAUAUUGAUGCUUAUAUUACACGUGAUCUUAUUUGUCCUAUGAUUUUAGGUCGUGAUUGGACUCAACAAAAUUAUGUUAAUGUUAAUUUUUGUACCAAUCGUAUUUAUCUUUAUAAUGGUCUUGCUUCAACUCCUUUAUUACCUAUAUCUCGUAGUGAACCAGUAAUUAUGUCAUUAUCACAUUCUGUUGUUAUUCCUCCAUUUCAUCAAAAAUUUAUAUAUGGUUAUGUACCUCUUAAAUCAUUAGACGAUGCCUUAUUUACACCUAUUAUUGCUCUACAACAUGCUAGAAUGGUCCUAAUUCUUCAUUCACUUCUUCAUAUUCGUGAUAAUCGUGAUGUUAUUUCCAUUAUCAAUAAUACUCGUCAUUCAAAAUACAUUCCACGUAAUACUCCACUUGGUUUUAUCUAUUCAUCAACUGCAACAGCGGGUCUCAACGUCAUUCAUGCAUCACCUAUGAACUUUUCUGAUUCUUCUUCUUCAUCUUUAUCUUUAUUAUCAUGUAACCAUUAUGGUGUUCGUUUUUCUACUGAAUUAACAUUGUAUGAUCAUUUGUUUCAUUGUUGUAAUAAAGAUUUAACAGGUACAACAAAGACUAUUCCUCCCUUAGUUGAACAUAUCGAUGAUCCUGUCAAGAAAAUGAAAGUUUCCCUCAUGCUACAUCACUAUCAACAACUUUUUUAUGAUUCAUUUUUACAAGGCAUUACCUGUAAACCACAACACGCUAUGAACAUCGGUUCUCAUUCUCCUUAG